AUGAACUUUCGGCAACAUCUCCUCCAAUUGAUUCCUGCAUUGGUGAGUCGAGGUAUUUCUUGCGAGUUUAUGGAAUUCUUUGAACCUGUAUUACGACUCAAAUGGCAAGUGAAACCAUACAAUGAUGAAACAACAUCAUUCGUUGUUGAAGAGGAAAGUGAGAUGAUUUAUGUGUCGCCUGAUGUAUCGGUCGAAGCUUGGAUUCGCUUUUCGCCUUCCUUUCAGGUCCCCCAAUUUUUCUUUCAAUUGUAUUCCGAAGGUUGUUUCCCUUACACUAAGCUUGAAGGCGUAGCUGCUCUCCUCCGCCCAGAAAAUCGAGACCUGGCUUUGGAAGCUUUGGCAAUUGGCGAUUGUCCUGGUUCAAAUGGCAUCGCCUGGUACGUUCAUCCAUGCUGUACUCAAAGUUUCUUCCAAACGUUAGAAAUUUCCAAACAAGAUACUUCUUACUUGCCGAUGUGGAUCCUGUAUAUCCACCGAUUGCUCUCCCCGAUUACCGCUCCUAUGGUAGAAGCUCUCGACGACAAGUCGCCUUGA